UUAAUUGUUCUAGAAAAUUUUGGGGUAUUACAGAUACAAAUCUUAGCAUGAUCGAAUUGGGAGCCGCACAAAAUAGGGGAGAUGAAGAAAAAGAUGACAGGGCAAUCCAACUAGGAGUGCAGGAGACAAAUGUGCAAGAUGAGGUGAGACACACGGAUGUGGUGGCAUCAUCAGUAGGUGACACAUUAGCUGUUAUGUUGAUGGGUCAACAACAUGGAAAAGAAGACUCUGACGAAGUGGCAGAAGAAGAAGGCUCUGUGACAGGGGGAAUAACCGAAAAGCAAGAUGAGGCAGAAGUGAACAUAACGGGUGGUUUGGAAGGGAUUACAAGCAAGCAUUUAAUGUGUGAUGGGCUCGAGAAGGAUGAGAGACAGGAGGUGCUGGAGACGAAAAUUUGUAGAGAAAACAUUGGGAACAGCCAUAAUUUCAAAAUAGGGAUAAUGAGAGAGAUAGAGUGGGAGAAAUUUUCAAAAGGUGCAACAGGCAAAAAAGCAACGGGUAACGGGCCGGAUGUGUUGGAAAAUGAGCUGGACUCAAGUAAGGAAACACAUGGGCCAACAGCUAGUGGUAUAAGUCUUAAAGCAAUAAGCCCAGCACCGAAUGAUAGACAAAUUGAUGAAAGAACAGAGGAGGGCAAACACGUGAGAAUAGAAGCAGCGAACUCAAACUCUUUUUGGGACAAUCUAGAUUAUGACGAAGGGGAUUUGCCGGAAUGGGCAAGAGUUUUAGAAGGAAAAAAGAACAAGAAGAAGAAACAGAGAGUGAAGUCAUUUCAAGUGGUGUAUAAACAAUCCGAUGGCCUUGUGGGCUUCCUAACACAGAAGAAGAAGAAGGGGAAUAGAUUGGUGAUGGAAAAAAUGAAGCAACAGAUCAUAUUUGAGGCAGAUCCAGCAGGUUCAAUGGCAAAUGACUCAAUAAAUGACAAUAAUAUCCAAAAUUGCAAUAAGGGGAUCAGAGCGAAGAGCAAAAUCAAGGACUCAGAACCAUUAUGGUGUGGUAUCAAGGAAUUGGGGGUUUCUAUGGAAGGGGAUAAGCUGUUGAUAAUCAGAAAGCUUAAAGAGAUGGAGCAGAGAGACAAGAAAAGAAGAAAGAAAGAUAUGGCAACAACAUCCACUAGAAAUUAGGUGAUUGCUAAUCCCCCAUGAUUUUGCUAUCUUUAAACAUUAGGGGGUUAGGGGGUUGCAGGAAAAAGAGAGAGGUUCGUGAGUUAGUGACCAAACAUAGAGUGGAGGCUCUAUUUUUAUAAGAAACAAAAGUAGAAUCUGUUGACAAGAGAUAUUGUAGAAGGUUAUGGGAUUCGGACAAUAUGGAUUGGGUGGCAAAGCCAUCCUUGGGAGCAUCUGGAGGAUUACUUAUCAUAUGGAACAGUGAAGUGUUAAAGACAAUAAGUGUUUUUGAAGGAGAGGGAUUCCUUAGGAUUCAUGGGUUAUGGGGCCUUGAUGCUAUACCAUGCUUUUUGUGUAAUGUGUAUUCCCCUUGUGAUCUAGAGAGGAAGAGAAGGGUCUAGAGAGAACUUGAACAAUUGAUUAGUAAGAACAUGGGGUGUUGGUGCAUAGGGGGGGACUUUAGUGCUAUUAGAAGUAUGCAGGAAAGGAAGGGGGGUAAGAGUGUAAGGAGAGAAGUGAAGGAAUUUGAACAAUUUAUUAUGAAUAAUGGUUUGAUAGAUUU